GUUUAGUCAUGUUCUAAUGAGGACUGGAAAAGUGCCCAGCACACUUGAAAGAUGGCUAGGUGUGGCCGGUAUACAUCUCUACUCUGCCCAAGAUUGCUUUAAAUUGCUUUGAAAUAUGGAGGAAACUGAUGAAGACCAGUUAGACAGUUAUGAAAUCCAGUUGGGUAUUCAAGAAUCCUUGCAAGCUAUUACAACUUCUGUUCGUCAAGAUGGAUUUGUACCACCAAGUGAUAUAAACAGAAAAAUUGUGACCGCCAUAAAACAAGGGGAAAUCACUGAACUGCAGAAAUAUAUUCAAUAUAAGUAUGCACUUGAUGAAGCUGAUGAAAAAGGCUGGUUUCCUAUACAUGUAGCAGUUGUCCAACCAGUCCGUCAGAUAACAGAAAUCAUCCUCGAUGCUAUACAUAAAACACAGUGUGAACAGAAGACAAAUGAUGGAGAGACACCACUGACCCUUGCUGCAAAGUCGGGAUUAGUUGAAAAUGUGAAAGUGCUCCUAGAGAAGGGAGUCUGGCCAAACACCAAAAAUAGUAAGGGGGAAUCGCCUCUUCUUCUUGCUGUAAGGAUAGGAAGUUAUGACAUGGUGUCCCUUCUGAUCAGUUACGACUGUACUAUCAACCAGCCCUGUGUGAAGAGAUGGUCCUCAAUGCAUGAAGCUGCAAAACAGGGACACAAAGAUAUUAUCUCCUUACUUUUGAAAAACGGUGGGAAUGUCAACCUUAGAGAUGGUUUUGGUGUGACACCAUUAGGAGUUGCUGCUGAAUUUGGUCAAUGUGAUGUAUUGGAACAACUAAUACAUAAAGGUGGAGAAAUCAACAUAGAAGCAGAUGAUGGUUCCACAGUGCUUGCUGAUGCAGCUACUGGAGGGAAUCCAGAUUGCAUUGCUCUCCUUUUGGAAUAUGGCGCUAGUGGUAAUAUGCCAGAUAAAGAAGGUUAUCUUCCCAUACACAAAGCAGCCUAUGGAGGACAUUAUCUUGCACUAAAAUAUCUUAUUCCUGUAACAUCACGACAUGCAAUUAAAAGAAGCGGAUUAAGUCCUAUUCAUUCUGCAGUGGAUGGGCAAAGUGUGCAGUGCCUAGAACUACUCAUCGAAAAUGACUUUGAUGUCAAUGACCCCUUAGCGGAACAUUUAUCUGAAAAUUAUGGUGAUAAAAGAAUGACUGCAUUGUUCUUUGCGGUGUCCAAUACAGACGUUUUAUGCACAGAGAUACUAUUAAAAGCUGGGGCUAAUCCAAACUUGGACACUCUAAAUUGUCUCUUAGUGGCUGUACGAUCUGGAAGCCAUGAAAUUGUUAGACUUCUCCUAGUUCAUAAUGCCAAUGUAAACUGUUACUUCAUGCUUGUGAAUGAUACUCAUUUUCCAAGUGCAAUACAAUAUGCCCUCAAUGAUGAAAUCAUGCUACGGAUGUUGUUAAAUAAUGGAUACCAGGUUGAGAGGUGCUUUGACUGCAUGCACGGGGACAUGUAUGGAGGAUCACAUGUAUGGAAAAGCUCAGAAGAAGUGGUACCUGGUUGGACAUCUUGUGUCAUAAAAGACACCUAUUUUUGUGACUUCAUCACAGUGUCGUGGAUGAGGCAUCUGGUUGGAAAAGUUAUUCGAGUGUUAGUAGAUUACAUGGAUUAUGUUCCCAUUUGUACGAAACUGAAAUCUGUUCUUGAAGUACAAAAAGAAUGGGUAGAGAUCCAGGAGAUUUUAGGUAACCCUCGUCCACUGAAGCAUUUGUGCCGGCUUAAACUACGUAAACUUUUUGGUUUGGAGAAAUUACAAAACCUGUCAUCCGUGAAGAGAGUUUCUGUGCCUCCUCUCCUGAAGUCCUAUUUAUUGUAUAAGGAAUAUGAUCUAUAUGGGAAAGGAUUGCAUUUUGACACAUGAUGAACUACUAAGUGUACUUGCAUGUCUAGAAGUUAAAGGGGUUGCCCCAUCUGGGACUUUGAUGGCAUAUCGUUAGGAUAUGCCAUCAAUGUCAUAUAGGUGCAGGUCCCAACUCUGGGAUCUUCUCUUAUCUCCGGGACGGGCCGCCAGAGUUAACAGAGAGCUGCCGCGCAUGUGCAGCCACCCUUCGCUCACCUCUAUGGGAGGUCAGAGAGUACAAUUACGUCACCAAUAAUUCCAGAUCACAGUAUUUGUAGGGACGCUAAAAUAA